AUGGGAGGCCUUAUGAGUGCCGUGCAUUAUGCGACAUCGGAUCUCAGAACUCCGGGGCAGAUCCGAGUAGAAAGUAUAGGCGCCAAUGCAGCCAUUUACGCAAAGGGUUCCACAUCUGUGCGAAUGAGAUCCCUCAUUGACGAGACUUUCUCGAUGCAAUUUGAAGUCUACAUCCUACCAACGAUUACGACUAUGACACCAGUAUGCAAGGUCGACUCCUCCGCCUGGGAUCACCUUUCUGGACUCCAGCUUGCCGAUCCAACAUUUGCUACUUCUGCCAAAAUUGGUCUACUUAUUGGCGCAGAUAUUUGGCCCGCUUUAAUUGCCGAUGGGAUUGCUGCGGGACCCCAUGACGAACCGUACGCGCUCUGUACCCGCCUCGGUUGGGUUGUGUUUGGCCCUGCGAUGGUCAAUACUACAAGUCAUUUGACGCAUACUCUAACUGUCAAUAAAUGUAUAGGCGAUCAGCAGCUGGAUAAACUACUGCAGAGGUUCUGGCAGGUUGUCGACGAACUCUCGGUAGACUCUUGUGAACGGAUUUUCAUUGACACUGAACGUCGCACAGCGAGUGGACGCUAUAGUGUACAAAUCUCGUUUCUUCUAAAUGCUCCAGUGUUAGGAGAUUCAUAUCAAGCAGCGCGCCGUCAGUUUUUUCAUCUUGAACAUUAA